GAAGAGAGUACAAGAUCAUCUAUUGAUAGUACGAUACUGAGAAAGGAAGGUACAUCUCGAUUAUUUCAACAGAUUUAUUGCGGCACAAUGCUGAACAUUUUGAAAUAUGGACAACGUUUUUCGGCACAAUAUCGAAAAGUAUUAAAGAACGUCAAGCCCGCAAUACAAUAUGAUCAAUUUGUAAUACAUUUUCAUAAUGGUGCUUUCUGUCGUUCAAAAGAUGAUGAUAAUUCAGAUACUAAAAGUGGUUCAAAUGUUACACCAACGAUUGACUCUAAAUUUGAUGUAUUCAACGACGAUAGCGCUACAAUAAUUUUAGAUAUCGAAGAAGAACGUGAAAAAAUUCUGGCUGGUGAAAUUGAAGAUGUUGAAGAUACUACACCCAAUAUCUACACCGGAUUGAAUAUCGAACAUGGAAAAACCGGUGUAUUCGAUAUCGAGGAUUUGGUAGCUGUAUUAAAGCGUGAUAAUGCUGAGAAUAUAUUUGUAUGUUCCGUACCUAAAGAAUUGAAAUAUGUCGACUAUCUGGUGGUGAUAACGGCACGUAGUCAACGACACAUGAAGGCAUUGGCUGAAUUUGUACGAAAAAUAUAUAAAGUAAAAUGUGACAGAAAACGAGCUUUUGUUCCACGAAUUGAAGGAAAGAACAGUGAUGAAUGGAUGGCAAUUGACUUGGGCAAUAUUGCAUUACACAUAUUUUCGGCAAAAGUUCGAAAACAAUAUGAUUUAGAGAUGCUAUGGAGCGUUGGUGCAGAAUAUGAUAACGAAACAAAUAAACCCGACGAUCCCAUUUUUGAAAUAUUCGAUCAACAUUCAAUAGAGUUUAAUGCAAAAUCUCAGUUUGAAAAUGUAAUCUUCGAUAAAAUCACUAAUGAAAAUACGAAAAAUCAUUUAAAAUGAUCAUCAAUUUUAUAAUGAUUUAAAAAAAUAAAUUAGUUUUUUGAACUUUA